AUGGAAGGUGAAUUUGGCAACUUCAUUGAGGUAUUAAGUUCGAUAUUUGUAUGCUUAUUCUAUUCCUACUCCCUCGGCAAAAUAGUCCCCAAAGGUAAAACCAGGCUUCUUUGUGUAGUCCCAGUUGUCUGUCUCUUCUUGUACCUCCCUCUUCACCUGUCCUCUGUACAUCUUGGAGGCGCCACUGCUUUCUUCAUUUCAUGGCUUGGCAGCUUCAAGCUUCUGCUUUUCGCCUUUGGUAAACGUCCUUUGGCUUCAGACCAGUCAAUCUCCAUUGGACGUUUCAUGGCCAUUGCUUGCCUCCCAAUCGAAAUCGAAGAAAUCCCACCUCCAAAACAUCAAAAUGGCCACAUUAAAACAGACCCAUCUCCAUCAAAACCCCAUCUGAAUGGCCAAAAUGGGAACACCCCACAUCCCAGAAGCGCCAAAUCAACAACCCUGAAUCAUGUAAUCAAGGGCUUCCUUUUGGUCAUUCUGAUAGGAAUCCUCUAUUAUAGUGAGCAUUUUCAUCCAAACCUCAUCUUAGUCCUUCAUUGUCUAUACAUAUAUCUCCUCCUAGAGUUCCUCCUAGUUAUGGUAGGAGUCCUGGCUCAAGCCCUUUUGGGAUUGGAACUGAAGCCCCACUUCAACGAGCCCUACCUCUCCACAUCGCUACAAGACUUCUGGGGCAGAAGAUGGAACCUCAUGGCCACCAGUAUCCUACGGCCGGCCGUAUACGAGCCCAUUCUCGACUGCUCCACGCGCUUCAUUGGCCGGAAAUGGGCUCCUCUCCCUGCUGUAAUGGGAAGCUUCGUAGUGUCCGGGCUCAUGCAUGAGCUGAUUUACUACUACCAGGGACGCGUGCAGCCGACAUGGGAGGUUACGUGGUUCUUCAUUCUGCAGGGGUCGUGUUUGAUGGUGGAGAUCCUUUUGAAGAAGGCGUUGAGGGGCAGGUUCCGGCUGCCGACACCAGUCUCGGUGGUGUUGACAGUAGGGUUUGUGGUUGUGACUUGCUUCUGGCUCUUCUUUCCGCAGUUUCUUCGGAGUAAGGCUGAUGUUAGAAUGCUUGAAGAGUAUGUUGCUUUUGGUGCAUACAUGAAGAAUGUAGCUCAGACUUCCCAAAAAUGGUUAUCUAGCUCAUGA